AUGGAGUUUAUCAAGGUUGAGGAGCAAAAGAAAUAUAUAGAAGAAAAUAAUGGAUAUCAAUUAUUUUAUAUAAAUUCGAGUACUUCUGCAGAAUAUAAUUCUCAUAUAGAUAUAUUAAAAAUAAUGUUAGAAGAUUAUUCUAGUGUUCUUAAGAUAUAUGUUAUAAAUGAUGUGGAUGAUAAUAAUAAAUAUGAAUUUCAGUUUUAUGAGAAAUCACAAUUAAUUAAAAAUUUUAUCAAUACGAAUAUAGGAAGUAUAACAUCUUUUUUAAGAAAAUAUAUGCAGACCAUAACAAAUAAUGAAAAAGCAGAAGAAAAAAAUAAGGAAACAGAUAAGCAAAAAGAUAAUGAGAAAUAUACAGAAAAAGAAAUUAUUAAAAGAAUACAAAGUCUUUUAAAAAAUAACAAAAUUAUUUUAUUUAUGAAGGGAACGAAAACAUAUCCACAAUGUAAAUUUAGUAAUGCAGUUAUAUUCAUGUUAAAUAGUUUGAAAAUAAAAUAUGAAACAUUUAAUAUAUUAGAAGAUUCUGAUAUUAGAACCUACUUAAAAAUAUAUUCAAGUUGGCCUACAUAUCCACAGCUAUAUAUAAAUACUGAAUUGAUAGGUGGUCAUGAUAUUAUAAAAGCUAUGUAUGAUAAUAAUGAACUUGAUUUGAUAAUACCGGAUGACUGUUUUGAGGAAUAA